AGGACUCAAUGCCCGGCGAGGGUAGUUGCUCGCCUGUCACUGUCUUCAUUGGUUGAGCCGUAGCAGAGGCUCCUCAGCCGGCCGGGCUACUUCGGCCGCCUCGUUUCUUCUGGGACCCGAGAGCAGCUAGAGCUUGGCCGACCUUGGCCCGGUGGGGUCGGGCCGUUGCGGGGGAGGGGAGGCGUGUCCCGGGCGAGCGCCCUGCAGCGGCUCCCCCUGAGCUCCGCCUGGGGCCCACGCGGACUGCCGCCCGUCACCGGGGUGACGAGAGCAGGCCUGCCCUGGAGGAGCCCCGAGUCUCCUGCGGGAGAGCGUGUGUGCACAGGCAAUGCCAGCGGCCUGGAGAGGGGUCGUGGGAGCGCGGAGUUGCUAGGAAUCACCUGGCGUUGCCAGCGAACCGGGGGAAGUCUUCUCGCCGACACUUGGGACGGGGAGGGCGGUGAAGGCCAAGCCCGUGUUCUCGUUCGUUCGUGAACAAACGUCGAAGUGCCCACUGCGGUGUUCUGUGUCUGGGGAAGCCUCUGCCCUUCGGCAAGACAGCACAUUACACGAGGGCCUCAUUACUGUUGUGGAAGGACUCCGAAGGAAACGUGGGGUGCUGGGGCAGGGGGGCAGUAAGGACCUGGCAGGGAAGGGAAGGCAUUGCUUGAUCCGAGCGCUGCAGAAUGAGGAGCUCGGUGAAGAGGGUGCUGGUGUUUCAAGCGGCGGGAACGGUGCUGCGGCGGCCAGCGUGGCUGGAGGCUUAGGGGAGCGCGGGAGGUGUGGCUGUCAGGUGUGCGGGGGGCCUAACCGCAGGCCUCGGAGUUUCCUCUAGUGAGGUUGGGCCGGAUCGUGGAGGUCCCUGCAGGCCGUUCUGAGUGUAGAUGUGAUCCUGCUGGUUAUAGCGAGCCUGAGCGGGAGGGGGGCGUUAAACAUAGGAGCAGUGUGUCCUAGAAAGAUCUCUCUGGCUGUUGUGUUAGGCCCAGCUGAGUCUUUGGAAGUAAGUUCGGAGAGGAAGUGGCUGUAGCGCCUAGAGUGAGCAGCACAGGGAACCGCUGUUACGUGGAACUGUGGCAGCAGAGACAUUCAGCAGAGCCUGGCCCAGAGGGACUUUGAUAAAGGCUUGACCUGCAGAGAGUUGAGCCCAUGCAGAAAGUAGCAGGAUCUAGACCAGACUUGUACUUUCUUCUGGUGUGACCACCGAGUGACCUUAGUCCGUUUCCUCUCUCUAGCCUCCUUUCCUCACGUGUACCAUAAAGUGAGUGAUAAUUCUUCUCCUGCAGGUGAAAGAAAUCCUGCAAGGGAGGUUUUAGUCCGUCCCCUAUUCAGAGCCUGCCUGUGGCUCCCCAGGGACUUCUCACCUGCCUGAACAUUCCCAGCUCUCAUGACUUGACCGCAGAUUUCCUUCUGUGCCCCUCUUUAUACCCCUGUCACCUUCCUGUCUUGGACCUGUGCUUUGGUUGCUGUUUUUCAUCCCUUCCUUCCCCCUCUGAACUCACCAUGAGGGUGCAGGGGCAGGGGCCUGAACUCACUUGGCCUGUUUAGUGUACCUUUCUUAAGCAGUGAUAUUCAGCCUUUGCUAGAAUUAAGUAUUUAGGUCCUGUUUCUCUUCCAGAUUGUGUGUUUCGUGAGAGCAUGGGUGUGUCUUACUCCUUCCAAAGUCCCUACAGGGCCCAGCACAGGGGAGAGAAACCCGGUGUUCCUUAAGAUGGCCUGAUAUGAAGGAGUCACGCCUCCAACCUCCCCGAGCUGCCCCGUGGCUGCCUUGUCCUUCAAGUGCAGGAGCCGGUUGAAGUGUCAGGAAUGGAAGCCAGUGUGACCAUCCCAAUCUGGCAAAACAAGCCCCAUGGGGCUGCUCGCAGUGUAGUGAGAAGAAUUGGAACCAACCUGCCCCUGAAGCCAUGUCCCCGGGCAUCCUUUGAGACCCUGCCCAACAUCUCUGACCUGUGUCUGAGGGAUGUACCCCCGGUCCCUACUCUGGCUGACAUCGCCUGGAUUGCUGCAGAUGAAGAGGAGACAUAUGCCCGGGUCAGGAGUGACACACGGCCCCUGAAGCACACCUGGAAGCCCAGCCCUCUGAUUGUCAUGCAGCGCAAUGCCUCCGUGCCCAACCUGCGUGGGUCUGAGGAGCGGCUCCUGGCCUUGAAGAAGCCAGCCCUGCCAGCCCUAAGCCGCACCACAGAGCUGCAGGAUGAACUGAGCCACCUGCGCAGCCAGAUUGCUAAGAUAGUGGCAUCCGAUGCAGCUUCGGCUUCAUUAACGCCAGAUUUCUUAUCUCCAGGAAGUUCAAAUGUUUCUUCUCCCUUACCUUGUUUUGGAUCCUCAUUCCACUCUACAACUUCCUUUGUCAUUAGUGACAUCACCGAGGAGACCGAGGUAGAGGUCCCUGAGCUUCCAUCAGUCCCCCUGCUUUGUUCUGCCAGCCCCGAAUGUUGCAGACCAGAACACAAGGCUACCUGCAGUUCGUCUGAAGACGAUGACUGUGUCUCUCUAUCCAAGGCCAGCAGCUUUGCAGAUAUGAUGGGGAUCCUGAAGGACUUCCACCGGAUGAAACAGAGCCAAGAUCUGAACCGGAGUUUACUAAAGGAGGAAGACCCUGCCGUCCUGAUCUCUGAGGUCCUGAGGAGGAAGUUUGCUCUGAAGGAAGAAGAUCUUAGUAGAAAAGGAAACUGACAGAACUCAGCUCUGCACAUCCAGUCUCAUGCUCCUGGAAUUCCUUCAAUAGCUGCCUUCCUCACCACAGACCUUUCUGCCUCACAGUUAGAAAUCUCUUUGCAGAGGUCUUGUGGGAAGCUAGAGCUCCGACUGAAAGGGAAAAGUUGGAUUACGCUUCCUUUGCUUCAAACCUUAGCAGACGCUAAGGCGUGUUUUGCACUGAGACACUUGUUACAGAUAAAUGUAUAGGUUGGAAUGUUUCCGUCUAAAGGAUGAGAUAGAAGUUUGGCUUUUCCUGCCUCUGUGUGAAAAUCACUUCUAAAUGAAUGGCUUACUUCACUGCAUUAGACCCCAUAACUGGUCUCACUGGACACUUUGUACCCAGCUAUCACUCUCAGCGGCUUCCUUCCAGCAGAGCAGGGCUGAGGGGAGGGGGGCUGUGUUUGUAUGUGUCGACAGGGCAAGGAAAAUCUUAUGCUGCUCCAUCAUAACCGGACACCAGUGCCCAGCAAUCACCCUCUCCCCCUUCCAACACCUAGACAUAGAGGUCACACCUCUGGACCAGCUGACACUUGGGCUGCUGCUGGGAGGCCUGGGCUGCUUUUUUCUUAAAUAUAUUUUGUAAUACUCUACAGCCAGAUCUACCCUCCUAGGCCCUGGGCCCUCAGGGCUUCCACUGAUUGAAAACGCUUUCUCUUCCAUGGACUAAUAGGAAAGAGAAAUGGGGAGGAGAAAAGAGUACCAUCUUUCUUCCAGGCCCGUGACUGCUCCUUUGCGUUGGGCCAAGGUUUGUACCUACCACACCAUGCAUGACUCAGACGCCCUCAGGUCCCUUUCUCUACGGUAUGUAUCCUGUGUGUGUUUGGGUUGAAGCACUACCUGACAUUAAAUGAAGGAUAUGGAGAGAUACUGUA